AUGGAGUCGACACCCGACCCUGGCGACCGCCCUUCUGGCGACCGCUCUUCUGGUGCUGCUGGUGCUGGUGCUGGUGCUGGUGCUGGUGCUGGUGCUGGUGCUGGUGCUGGUGCUGCUGCUGCUGCUGGUGCUGGUGCUGCUGGUGCUGGUGGUUCUGCUGCCGCUGGUGCUGCAGCAGCAGCGGCGCAACCUGCAGCCCUGCUGAACACGGUGCGCAGCGUCAAACGCACCGUCAUCAACGUAGCAGAGACCGUGGCAAACGGGACUUUGUCGGGAGUUUGGACGUAUUUCCAGAAGCUUGACCGGCCGGUGAGCGGCGGGAAGAACACGCGAUGCAUCGUUCCCGAUGAAAAUGGGAAGCGAGCAAGGGUGGCCACGACCGCGUACGAGAGGCGUCAGGCGCGGAAGGUCCAGGAGGCAGCAGCUGCGCGGACGAGCGCGCGUAGAGACCAGCCGUCUGUAACGGACCGCGUGCAGAAGGAGGUGGAUGAAUACACCAAGCUGCCUGCCGCCGUCCCCGCGAAGGACUACGACGUCCUCGGUUUCUGGAGGGAUGCCGGCAGCCCGCGUCUUGACCCCCACGGCAACGUUGUUUCUGCCGCACAAUUCCCCAUCUUGUCCAUGCUUGCUCGCGUGUACCUUUGCAUUGACAGCACUAGUUGCCAAUCAGAGAGGGAGUUUUCGGGGCUAGGAUUCGUGUACAACAAUCUUCGGCAAGCGAUGGUGCCCGACCGGGUCGAGAUGGUGAUGUUCCUUAGGUCUAACCCCCAUCUUAUUCCCGAGAUCAAUAAGUUGGACAACGGGUUGGGGAAGCUGCUUGCAGCGCAGGCUGUUGGGAAGGCUAAAGCUGCAUCUGUCCAAGCCGCGAAUGCGGGAGAGCAAGUGGUUGUCGAUGUCGACUCUGAGUGAACUAGAGGCGUGUUGUAUUUGGAUGGAUACACGAGACGCCUGGCAAGUUUCAACAAGAGGCAAGUGAGAUUUCAUGUGCUGUUGUACGUGUUGCAGGAACGUAUGAACGAGUCGAGGAGGUAUCGAUGUGAAUGGUUCCUCUCUAAAUAAUAAAUUAAGUGAAUGAUUGACAGCUUUUUUUGUCUUUUUGGGCUGUCCUAGUCGCGAGGACGCAUACAGUGUCACCCGCGGCCUCCAACCACAGCACACAGUACGGAACAAUCGGUCUUCGGUGCACGAAACCCAACGGUUUUCACGAAAUUGCAGGUGCUCCGUCGAUUGUGUACGGAUAUCCGUGCGGUUUCGACGUUUUUUUCCGACGGAAAACCGUGCUCAAAGCCACGGUUUCGCGCGGUUUUUGCUACGGAGUAAAGGAACCGCUCCGUACAAAAAACCGCACUACGGAUAAACCGCUCCGCUCCGCUCCGUGGCAUGAAAAAAAAAACCGCUCCGCUCCGUGAGGCUUUUGGCUUCGGAUAAACCGCUCCGCACCGCUCCGUGAUAGUUUCAAAUGAAAAAAACCGCUCCGCUCCGCUCCGUGGAACUUCAAAGAAAAAAAAAACCGCUCCGCGGAGCGGUUCUACUCCGUGUACAACCCU